AGAGAGAGAGAGAGAGAGAGAGAGAGUGCCGUGAUGUUGUUGUUACAGCACUGCUUGGUUGUUCUUUGAGAAGCCAAAAGCCUUGUUCAUAAGAGAUCCAUUCUGUCAUUUAACCUGUUGAAGAAGAAGAAGAAGAAGAAGAAGAAGAAGAAGAAGAAGAAGAAGAAGAAGAAGAAGAAGCAGAAAAAACGAUCUCAGCCCUUGCUCUGCAUCUCACGCUAAUGGGAAGGAAGAACGAGAUCAACCUCCUAUCCUGAGAAAAGAGAGAGAGGCCUGCAGUAACUCUUCUUCCUAAUUCCUUUCUGCUUCUCUCCAUUUCUCUCACUUCGAUCCUCAAAUCUAGGACGGCAAGAUCUCUCUGCAUCGCUCUCCUUCGUCCUCAACUGAUGGGUGGGCGCGAGACCCGCGACUUCAUGAGUGUGGACGCCUUCUCCCAGCUCCCGUUCUUAAGGCCCGCCCACGACAAGCCCUCCUCCAACGCCUCAGGCAUCCGCCUCUUUGGCGUCGAAGUACCCCGCGAGCCUCACGAAGACCCCCACGAGCCUCACGACGCCGAGGAAUCCUCCAAGGACCUCACCGCCAACACCAACACCGGCGACGGCGGGGGCGGUGGGAGUGAGAGCGGGCGCCGGUUCGAGUGCCACUACUGCUGCCGCCACUUCCCCACGUCGCAAGCCCUUGGCGGCCACCAGAACGCCCACAAGCGCGAGCGCCACCACGCGAAGCAAGCUCAGCUGCACCCGGCCAUGGUGGCAUCGCUCCACCACCAGCCAUCCGCUCUCGACGGCCAUGGCGUCUAUGGAUUCAACUACCACCACCAACACCUACACCACUGCCGUCUUGGAUUCGAUCCCGCUGCCCCUCCCCACUACUCUCCAUGGCGCACCGGUGCCAGCGUCGGCGCUCGUUUCUUUAUGGGGCCUGGUGCGGCGGCGGCGCCGAUCACCGGGAGCCCAUUGAUACGGAGAGUUCCGGCGGGCGUGCAUGGCGGCGGACGCACGGGUUUGAUUCCCAGUAGUGAUGGGGUGAUGCCAUUGCCGCUGAUACGAGAAGAUGUAGUGGGCGUUGGUUGGAGUGGUAAUGCUGCUAUUUCUUCUUCGUCUUCAAGUAGUCAAUUUGCUUAUGAGUCGAUGCAAACGGAGACCGUGAGUUUGGAUUUGCACCUGUAAUAUGAAAUCGUAUAUAUAUAAAUAUAU